GUAAUUAAUUUUUAAGAAUUCUUUUCUGGAAAUUUCUGUUUUCGGUAAAUGUUUUCGUUUAGAGAUAUUUUGAGAAUCCAUCAUGGAUGCCGACUAUUGCUCUAUCUCAAUUACAAAUAGUUAUUGACUGAGGUUUGCAUUUAUUGUGUUGGGUUGUUAAUAAAUGAAAUGAAAUAUGUUUGUUUCAAACAGAUACUCUAAUCGAAUUGCGAAAUUCAUAGAUGUUGUUUGUUACAUUUUGAUGCGGCCAUGUCUUAUAGCUUUCAAUAAUUUUUUUGCAUCUUAUAUUUCAACAAUACAUGAAAAAUUCGGGAAACAGAAGAUUAAGGACUGCCUGGUUUUUGGGCCACUCUUUGCAGUGAUUUUCAUUUUAACUUUGCCCGUUGCUUUUAUUGGUGCUAUCUUGUGGAUUAUUUUAUGCGAGAUUCGUGCUUGGAAACAAGACCGAUUUACAUUCGUUUGUUUGGAAAACAAUUCACAUGAAUACUUACGUAAAAAAUACACAGUAGUUGAAUGUUCACAACAUAAUAUUUAUUCGGUUUGCACGGCCAAUGUUCUCCUUGCAUCAGAAUUUCUUGGGAAGUUGAAUAAUAUAAACGAUAGCACUCGUCGAAGUGUUCAAAUUGCCAAGAAGAUUUUGGAUCAUUCUGGUAAGCCAGUAUUGAAUACUAUUGCCUAUGAGCACGCCAAGGACACCACGUGGACUAUAGAAAGCAAAUUGGCUAGUGUGAUAUCACAGUUUCCGUACAUUGAUUUUUUGUGUUUACAAGAAGUUUGGGAAAGAUGUCACGCGAUGACUCUUAUUAAGUAUCUUCAAGCAGAUUUCAAAUACUUUAUCUAUGACGUUGGUGAAUAUUCAUGGGAAACCAAUUUUUGUAUGUAUGGGAGCGGACUGAUGUUUGCCAGCAAGAAGCCAGUCCUGAAUGCUGAGUUCAAGCCCUUUACCAUGCGCAGAAAGCAUGCCAGAUUCUCAUCACAAGGAGCUCUCUGUGUCAAGGUGCUACUGCACUAUGACUUGGCUGGGCGCAGGUACGUGGGCUAUCUGUGCAAUCUGCACACACAGGCGUACCAGGGUGAGGAGGCUGUUAUAGACAAACAGCUUUCAGAGGUUUCCGCAUUCAUCUCGGAGUUCAGGUUUGCCACCACAAGGGAAUGUGAGCAAGUAUGCUUCGACAUCGUCUGCGGGGACUUCAAUGCUGACAACAUGUCACCAGGAGAUGAAGACGUGCGCGAGAGCAUCCUGUUUGCGGAGUACCAGGAUUUCUGUUCGCAGAAGCCAGGUUCAGAUUAUAAGUGGACUAUAGGCACAGAGCUGCGGCACGUGGCCAUGGGCGAUGAGUGUGUGCGUGACCCUGAAUCGUUCAGGCGUGUCCUCGUGGACGAUGUAGUCCGGCGCUGGUACGUCAUCGAUGCCGAUAUCCUGGUGCACCGUGCAGACCAGGUGAUACACACGCCUGCCCUCGGUGUGAACGGCCAGCCGGAAGUGUGUCCUCAUGGGGGCAAGCGCCGUGUCGACAGAAUCCUCAGUCGCAAGUUCUACGCGGUGGAGGUGCUGGGGUAUGCCUUCGUGUCAGCGCUGGGAGGCCUUACAGACCACCUGCCCGUGUGUCUCACGUUCCGGCCUUGGCCUGGACGACCAUCUUGAAGCAUGGGGCGUGCGCCAUGUCGAAGAAUCCUCAGUCGCACGUUCUAUGCUGUGGAGAUGCUGGGGUACACCUUCAAGUCAGCACUUUGACUUUACUAACAUAUGUAAUAUAAACAAUAUAAAUUUAUCUCCUUGAACUAAUCGAUGGUUAAGCACUUCUGAAGGUAUUUUUGGUUUUGUAAAUAAACCUGUUUUUAUUUUUAUUUAUUAAAUUGUGGGUUGUUAGUUUUUGUAUUGUUUUUAUUGGUACUUAAAAUCAUUUACUAACCUUAAUUAUAUUCGGAGAUACAAUUAUUAUUCUUUAAAACAUACUUACCCCUUUUUCACCCCUUGAGAGUUGAAUUUUACAAAAUUAAAAAAAUUGUGGUUGGUAGUUUUUGUAUGUUUAUUAUUGGUACCCAAUAUCUAUACUAAUAUUAUAAAGCUGAAGAGUUUGUUUGUUUGUUUGAACGCGCUAAUCUCAGGAACCACUGGUCCGAUUUGAAAAAUUCUUUCAGUGUUGGAUAGUACAUUUAUCGAGGAAGGCUAUAGGCUAUAUUAUAUUAUCAAUAACAUUAGGGAUCCUUACUAAAAGUCCAAUUUAGAAUCAAAUGCGUUGGAGGGGUUAGAUACAACAUGCAGUACACGUACAAAGUGUGUGUUGACAAUGCCGCAGGCACUAGAAGUUUAUUUCCUAUUGCCUAUUAACAUUGUUGCCACGCACUAGAUGCCUUAUCAUUCUUAAUUUUCUCAUACAAGUAAAAAACACCCGUGUGAUAUUAACAACGAAGCAAUCAGUACCCUCAUAAAAGUUCAAUUAGUAUUUAAAUACUUUUUAUCACUUUAAAUCGCAAACCUAAACUAUUGUUUUUUUUCGUCUCUCUGUGUUUAAUUUGUUUUUUUAUUGCCCUUUUUUUUCAAGUUUAUAUAUUUUUCAGACUUGAAACUUCACAGUAAUGUUUCUUAUGUUACGCAGGAUGACAUUUUCCGAAAAUUAGAUCCCAUGGGUGGUUAAAACCAGGCAACAGUGGGUACUUUGUCUGCAUGAGAACAGGAUUUUGCAUUGUUCAUGCCUUCUGCGUCUCCAUGGCAACGGGCAUCGCGCGGCAGUGGCGUACUCACAAGGAGGGGCAUGUAUAAUGAGCGGCGCAAGAGUGAUCUGCCUGUAGACUGCCGUAGCGAAGUACGGGUACAUCAGUUGUACGUUGCGUGCACGAGUCGGGAAACCAUCGGUGCUAUUAAUUUUCUCUCCGGUACAUUAUACAGCAUUGUAAUAAAUUUUCACUGAAUUUUUUUUUAUUUACCAUUACUGUAAAUGGGAGAUGUGGCUUAAUUUUUUUCCAUUAUUAUAGCCGUGCGAAGCCGGGUUGGGCAGCUAGUCAUUUAUAAAAUAAAUUUGGAGAUAUAAUUAUUAAUCUUAAAAAGAUACCUACUCCUUUUUCACCCCUUAGGGGUGGUUUUUCACAAAAUUUAAAUUUUUUGGUAGAAUGGUUUUUAUGGUAAUUAUUGGUACUGAAGAUAUUUUCUUUAGCUUGAUUAUUUUUCAGAGAGAUAAUGAAUUAUCUUAAAACCUUAUUUACCCCUUUUGCACCCCCUUAGGUGUUGAUUUAUGUAACUAUACGUACAAGUAAUUUUCAAGUUAGCCAAAGCUCUGUUGAAUAAAAAUAUUUUUUUAUAAAAUCCACCUAGUAAUUUUUGAUUGAUGCCUGAACAAACUAACAAACAAUAAUUUAAAAAAAAAAGUAUAUUUUUGAGUUCUAAAUAAUGUAAAGAGCCUUUGCCAAUAGUUUUUUUCCUUAAGUUAAUCCAAUGUACAGACUUUUUGCCUCAGACAGUUUUAUUAUUAAUGUAGCCUAAUAAUCUUUAAUUGGAUCAAUAAUGUUUGUUUGAAGGAAGUAUUUACAGACUGAUAGGGUUGUGCGAUUCCAUGAUUUUCAGUUCGAUUCGAUUCCGAUUCGAUUCUCACCACAAGAGUUAAAAUUUGAUUCCGAUUUCAAUUCUUUGGGCAACUUUAUCUACAUAGUUAUUAGUCUGGUAGGAAUAACUAAAAAAAAAUUGCAUUUAUUUUGAACCAUAUGUAUUUAACUUAAAUGAAUAAGAAAGACAAUUCUGAAAUAGUACCUAUGUAACUUAUAAGUUCGUUUUUACACUGUUGGGGACCUGAGACCUGCCUUAUGUUAUACCAGGUACAUAACUGAAGGAUGAUAAUAUUUACACUGUACAGCACAAUGCAGCUUUAAGUAAUUGCUAACGAAUAAAAACUUUUCAGGUGAUAACUUGUUCCUGAUUAGAAAUGCUUUGAACACUACAUUAUUUCACUAUUAGGCCUACAGGUUCUGAUGUAAGAAGGUUAACUGUUCUACACUUUCAGGAGACAGAUUCUCUCUCCGUGCUGUUACGAUAUUUCCUGCCGAGGAAAACAGGCGUUCACUUGGAACAAAUGUUGCAGGAAUGCACAAUAGUGUUCUCGCAGCAUCAGGAACAUAUCUGUGGCGAACUCGGUUUUCUUGCCACCACUGAUAUGGAUUAGUAGUACGUUUCUGAAUGGGUUCAUUUAAGUACAAAAGGAUGUUUUUUUCCACCAUAUCUUUCCAAGUAUUUGAACAUGAUGCAUCCAACUUUGCAGACUGUUCUUCAAAGCAACUCCAAACACUUAAAUUAGACCCUGAGAUUUCAGCUUGGCUUUCAACUCUUUGUGCUUUAGAAUGGCUGCUAUCAGCACAGUCUUUGGAAAUUCAUGUUUUUAAAAUACUUACACCUUUCUUUUUCUCAUGGUCCUUCAAAAGUACUGAUUUAAAUCUAGGAUCAACAAGCAUUGCAGCAACAUAUUCAUCUUUUGAUUUGUAAUCAAGAAAUCUUAAGAAUACAGCCUUCAACAAAUUUCGUCCGAAAAUUAUGCCUUCGCCUGGUUCUGCUUUGCACACAAAUGUAUCUAACAAGUUUUUUAUCCCAUCAAUAACUGUUAUAACUAGAGAAAUUGUGGGGUAGUCUUGUCUACUAAAUUCUUUAGUUGCUUCAUUUAUUGGCUCUAAAAUUCUGACUGCCCCUUCUGCGAGUUUCCAUUCAUUGGCAGUUAAAUUGCGAACACAAUCAGAAGAAGCUAAUUCUGCAGCAGUAGGCUCUUUUUGUUCAACAAGUCGUUUCAACAUAGCAAACUCACUGUUCCAUUGGGUGUCUACAUCCUGGAUCAAUUCAUGUUCUGGUUUUCCCAUCUGCUUUUGUAAUUCAUGAAGAUGCUGACGAGCUUGGGAGCUACGUUUGUAGUGCCCCACUAUAGCACGACUUUUUUUGCACAGCGCCUCAAUCCCAGGAGUUUCCUUUUUGGCAUCAUUUAUGGCUAGCUGCAAAGUGUGCCCUAAACAGCUAAAUGAAUGCCAACUGGUUUUAGCAGCUGCAGAUUUCGUGUUUCUAGCAGAAUCUGAAACUAUGUAAAUAGGUAUAGUGUUUUGAAUUUCCCACUUUGCAUUUAGUCUAAGCAGAGUAUUGGCAAUUGCUUUCCCACUAUGUUCUCCGGUGAAAAGAACAUUCCCCAGCAUGUGAUGAACAGGAACGAAAUCUGUGUCCACAUAAUGACAUGUUAAUGAUAAAUAGCUGUCAUUACUGCGUGACGUCCACAUAUCUGUUGUAAAUGCCACCGAAUUGACGCCUUCUUUGAAGUCAUUAUUGAUUUUCGUGUGCAUUUUUUCCACCAGACCAUUGUACAGCUCUGGCACUACACGCCUAGAGAAUGUUGUUCGGUCUGGUAGGGAGUACUUGGGUUCAACUAGCGCCAUCAAGUCUUUGAAGCCUUUAUCUUGAACUAUACUGUAUGGCUGUAGAUCCACAGCAAUCAUUUUGCCAAUGGCAUUGGUUAUGGGUGUUAUGGCAAUAGCUUUGGGAUGGUCUUUACCAUACUUUUCUUGGCUACUAAACGAAGCUGACAGAGUGAGUUGUACUUUGUUACUUGAUGUGAAAGGUGCACGAGUUAAUUCUUUCUGUAGUUGUUAGUACUCUGCAUAUACACUCUUGUGUAAUGUUAAGUGCUUCGCCAUGCUAGAAGUGCUACAAUGCACCUGUUUGAGUUUACUUCCACAAGUUUUACAUUUGGAAUGGCUUUCUGAUAUUUUGUCAUAAAAUUUCCAAAUAUGACUGUGGCCCUUAAACUUGCCACAAUUUUCAUCCAUUACUUAUUUAAUCACUUCACCACUGUUUAAAGAUGUCAAAUGUUACCAACGGUAAAGUCAACUGCCUCACUGGAGUCACUGAGAUAGUGCGAUGCGUGCUGCGCACAGAAGUAUAAUUUAUUAAUUAACCUACAUUUGCACAUAUGACGUAAGCAGCAUGGCCUAGUCAGUAUGUUUAUUUAAAUUAAAACCAAUAACCGCAAUAAGUAACAUAUAUUUCUUCGUUUUUUUCAACAAGAUCUGUUCCCCUAAAAAUGGAAAAAAUACGUAAAUAUGAUUAAUUUAUUAACUUCACGAAGUCAAACCACACAACGAUGAUCAGCUUUAAUUAAGUUUUGUAAAUGGCAAAAGCAUAAACAGUAAACAGUACUUCGAUACUGAUAGAAUGUUAUGAUUCAGUGAUUCGAUUCCUUUGUGUCGGCACACGCGAUCUAUGAUAAAUGGUGGCAUGUCAACUGGUCUACACGUCCGGCACCGCUAAAAUAUUUUCAUGUCGUGAAUGUUUUAAUGUUGGUUAUUCUGUUAACAGAAGACGUGUCACAGAAUGGCGAUCUUUGUAAAUGUAUGGUUGAACAAGGAAAUAUUUUAACUGUUAACAGAAAAUUGUGCGUUGAUGGUUGUAAAAUUUAUUUUUAAUACGUGUUAUUUAUUUUUCAAAACAAAUAAACCAACAAUAUUUUUUUCCAGUGCAACGUGAGAAAUGGUCAUGAGUAAUAUGCCGUAAGUAGGCAGAAAUAAAAAUGUUUGAGCAGAUUGUUAAACUAUUUCAUAAACAAGCAGUUAUCGUAAGAUUUAUCUUUGCAAGCCUAAACAGUUAGUGGUUCUGAACGUGUAAAUUAUAUCAUACACGAUCUUUGAAAAAAAUUUAAUGUUCGGCCUAACCUAUAUUUCAUAACGUUAUGAAAUUGUCUUGAGUGAAAGUGCGCUGCAAUUUUACGAGUUACAUUAAUGAUAAUUGACGAAUAAAUUUAUGUCUAGCAAUCAGUUAAACGGUAACCGUCAAUACAUUUCUUAGAUUUUUUUACUUUUGAAAAAUUUGCCCGAAUUUUUUGAUUCCAAAUUUUAGUUUCGGUUCCGGGUUCAAAUAGUUGAGGAAUCGAAUCGAAGUUGAAAUUAUCGGGUACCCGCACAUUCCUACAAACUGAUUUCAGUCGUUACCAAAAACAAAUACACAAACAUGUACUUAGUGUUGUGUGUAUUAAAAUGUUUCAGGUUAUUAUUGUAGUGAGGAUAAUUUAUAAUACUAACUGUUUAGUAAAUUUUAAUAUAAUUAUCUAAUGGACUGCAACUUUAGUUUGAAAAGUACUUCAAAGAUAGCACCAAUUUGUAAUACUUUGGAGAACCAACUAAAUUUUAAAUAUCUUUGAUGCCAUGUCAUUUCAACACAAUGUACCUGGCUAAUAAAUUAUAGGUAUUUUUUAAAGUUGCUUUUAUAUUUGGUUAUGACUACUCAAGUUUACAACAUUUAUUCCAGGAUAGUUUUAUUAGCAUAAAGUUUACUUUGGAACACCAAUACCUUUAGUACAUUUUCCGUGGGGCCGCCAUCUUGACAACUUCUGCUCUUUGCUGUAGCAAUUUCUGCAUGCACAUGUUUAUUUGCAACAUGAUAACACAUGAAUUUGCUCGUUAUCAAGGUUAUAUGUUUACACAUCACUGGCGAGUACUGUAAGACACGCUCACAAUUUGGAACCCGUGAUGACGACAGCAACUACAGACCAUAUUGAGGCAAAUAUGGUCAUUGGUGAUCCUAAUGUAAUUAACGAUGCCACCUAGGAAGCAUUUUUAUUUGUGAAAGUUCAACCAGCCGGCAAAGAUGAACUGUAGUUCAAUUUUUUUACAAUUGUAUAUUGUUCGAGCAAGACACUACAUAUGGAUCCCAAGAACAUAGGUUUGUGUAUCGAUGAGGAGGCAUAUUAAGAUUGUGCCCAGAUUAUUUGAUUUGGAUUAUAAAUUCAUUCUCCACCACAUCUGUAAUUUUACGUCUGCAAAUUUUACGUAAAUUUAAAACAUCACCAUGGGGCUUAAGCAAAGAAAGGUGUGCCAUCUAACCAUACACGAACAGACCUGAGGCAGAAUAUAGUUUAAGACUAUUACAAGUGAGUGACCAUUUUAGUUAUGUUGUUAAAAUUUUUAUGUAAAAAAUCUGUAACUGUGAUAGGAGAAUCUGCGCCCUUGAACCUGGAGCGAAAGGAAAGACAGUUAACAUUUUGUUUUAGCUUGAUAAUUUUUUUUGUUAUAAUAAUUAUUAUAUUGUGUAUUUUAAAAAAUUUGUUAGUAAGCUUUGUGGGUAUGUACCCAGUAAUUUAUUUUUAGUCAUGGAGCUGUUGUAUUUUUUUAUUGCAAUACAUAACAUUUUUAUAUUGAAUUUUAUAUGCCUUAUUUUAACCUUAGUGCUAUAGCCCGUAGGCCAGCCUGUCUUAAUGUCAUUAAAUGGUAUUUAAAAUAUUACUAUUAUAAUUUUGUGUAACAGACAUUUUGAAAAUGUUUUACAAACCUUUGUGCUUUCUGUCUUUGCAUUUGCUGUUAAUAAACAUGCUUGUGGCGAUAAUAGUAAAA